CACAGCAUGCAAAUCGAUUAUGUUCAAGAGUGUGCACUAAUUGCGUCCAGUGUUCCCCAACCAUUGAGUCAGUUUCACAGUAUCCCUUGGAGGCACAACGUCGAGAAUCGCAAGAAACAAUGUUCUUGAUGACGUCGCUGCAAUUGUGGCUGCUGCUCUUAUCAGCCAAUUUGCAAAUGGAGGCAUUCAGAUAUUACGACUAUGACGACAACGGAGAAGUUAACUUUAUGUCGAAUGGACAUGGUUACGGUCGUGUUGUCACAAAAAGAACAUGUGAAAGUCAUGAAGAGAUUGCACGCUGGAUCAACGAGCAGGUGGUGAGAAAUGCGAAACUUACGAGCCUCAAUCAACAGCUGGGCAAGUUAUUGGAUGCCUUGCAUACGAAGCGCCCGGAGCAGAUCGGAGACGAGCACUGUUGUUUCUAUGAGAAGGACACCAUGGAGAAGAUAUUGAAACACAUGACGAGCCUCUCGGCCAGCAGUAGCAUCGGCGUGGGCAAGCCUCUGGAGUCAAGCGGCGACAUUGGCAAGGAUCUGGACAGCAUCCUGGACAGAAUGAAAAUACUGAUCGGGAAAGACACGAAAACCUGCUGCGAUCAGUUGAUGGACAAUCUUAAAGCCAUGGAAGUCGAUUUGGCUAAGCAAUUGUAUGAGCUUAGCCGCAGAUUGAACGAACAAAACGAGGACAACACUCGGAAACGAGAUAAGCUAAAGGUCAAGGAAGCUGAUCUAGAGAAGAAGCUAAAGGAUAUAGCGCAGCGCAUCGAGCAACUGGAGCAGAAACAAAAGGACAACAAGGCGGAGGCGGAAAAGUGUUGCAAGGAGCUGAACUCGCGAGUCGAUGAGCUUAACCAACAGUUGGAGAAAGCACAAGCCGAGACCCAAAGGAAGGCCAACGAGCUGAAGAAAGAGCUGAAAGACUUGCAGGAUAAACAAAAGGAGCAGCAGGAUCAAAUAAAUAACAUCCAAAUAGAAUCAGAGAAGCGCAUUGGGAAUAUUAAAUUAAUAAAGGAAAAAUGCGACAAGACCUGUGAAAUAAACAAACUGGAAAACCAAUUACUUCAGGGCAACAGCACAGAAAACAGCCCGCUGGCGAAAAUAACACAAUUGGAGCAGGCGGUUAACGAACACAAGGAACAGCUGGAGAAACUCGUGAAGCUGGCAACAAGUAUUUCCCACUGCAGGCAGUUCCAUGAUGAACUGAAAAAAAUGGAAACCACAGUGCAAGAGUUAGAAAAGCAAAAGACGCCCGAACCACAAGAUAUGAAUAAUUGUCCAGGACUGGACGAAUUGAAGGCGGAAGUUAAUAGGGCCAAGGCCUGCUGCAAGAACAUGGACAAGUUGUCCAAAGAUCUGGAGCAGCUGCAGCAAAAUGUUGACCAAAUGGGCGCCAAUUACAGUGAUCAUAUUGCCAAACUGGAAGCGGCUCUAAAGGAUUUGCAGCAGCGUCUGAACGAGGCGCUGGACAAGUUGAACUCGGCGAGUUCCACGACUGUCAAGCCCACGACUGCGGGUAUCGAUGCCCAGGCCGUUGAUGACCUCAUAAGACAGCUGCAGGCCAAACUGGCUGCGACAAAUGAUUUGCUUUCGGUAAUCCAAAAAAAUCUCGAAGAUAACGAUAACAAGCUGAACGAAAUCAAGGAUGAUCUAAUCAAAAAGUACGACGAGCUGGCCAAGCUGAAUGCGGAACGGCAAAAGGAUGCGCAAGAAUUUAAGAAACGCGCCGAGCAACGUCUCAACGAACUGGAGAAAUUGCUGCUCCGAUCGAAUAAUAAUAAUCAUAAUGAUCCCGUCAAGCUGGAUGGCAAAAUUGUGCAGCGUCUGGCAGAGCUGGAGAAACAACACAAAAAACUGCGCAAGGAUACCGACAAGAUAUUGGAGCUGGAACAACGAAUUGCGGAACUGGAGGCGAGACUUAAAGAUGCACUCGAGAACCUGCAUGAAAACGAUGCUGAAUUAAACAAAUGUUUGAGCUCGUGCAAGGGUCUGGACAAGCUAGACGAUCUUAUCGAUCGCAUCGAGGAUCUGGAGAAGAUUGCUGGCAUUCCCCCAAAGGCCAGAAGCUCCACAAUCCAGACAACACAGUGGACGACAACAAGGAGACCGCACGGCUCAAAAGGAAGCGUUGAUCAUGCAAUGCCUAUUUACGAGGUGAAAUAAUAAUAAUAAUAAUAAUAUUAAUAAUAAUAAUAUUAAU